AAACCGCCGGCUCAACCCAAAUGAAUAAAUAUAAUGUUGUGUAGUACUUUGACAAAACAAGUGCGGUGGAUCAACUGGUUUGUAACCUUGCCCAUUGCGGAGGAGGCACAAGUUCGAGCAUGCUCCAUGUUAAAAUAUCUCGCCUCUGACAUCCAAAUGUCUGAUAGGGGCCAACCCUCCUAUAAGGAGAAACUUAUUAGAAUGACAGACCCUGUGGCUCUCACAUUCUCAACCAUCUCGGACUACAUGGAUGAGGAAUCGGAUAUCGAUGAUGAUCCCGAUGACGAUACACCGAUUGAUGAAGCAGAUCUACAUAAAGUGGUCUUUGGAGGUCCCUGGUUCGUUGGUCCUUACUUCCUCACUAUGCGCAGAUGGGAACCAAAUUUUGGCCCAUCUGAGGCACUCCAAUCAUUCACCACUACUGCAGUUUGGGCUCAACUGCCAAACUUAUCGGUAGAUUAUUAUGAUCCUUCUACACUUCAAAAAAUUGGAAACAAGGUUGGUAACUUGCUUCGAGUUGAUGCUCACAUAGAACACCAUACUAGGGGACAGUAUGCGAGAAUCUGUGUUCAAGUUGAUCUCUCAAAACCAGUGGUUAAACAAGUCCGUAUUGGUAGACAUCAACAAAAGGUUCUUUAUAAGGGAGUUAAUGCCCUGUGUUUUAAUUGUGGACGGAUUGGUCAUCGAAACAUACACUGCACUCAUUCUCCAACACCAGUUCAGUCUUCUAAUUUAUCUCCUCCAUUGAUUGCUAAGCCUUCAAAUGUGGGGAUUACCACUGCCACUAAUCAAUACCCACAAGGUACAGAGACUGAACAAGCCCAGGAUAUAAAUAGUCCUACCAAUCAGAGCCGCAAAGGGAAAGCUACAACCAUCCCACAUGAUCAAGCUCAAUCGAGUCAAGGAGACUAUGGCCCUUGGUUACUUGUAGAAAGAAGGCGACCAAGACGGUGUCAAGCUGCUUUCACAGAACAAUCAGAGAAAGGAACCGCCGAAAUUAGGCACCAAAAGGACUCUCGUAAGCCCGGAGUGCCGACCCGUAAACUCGGCUCUAAGAUUCACCAAUCCCAAGAUACCAACGGUGCUACUACUCCCUCAUUAAUUAUGGGACAGAAGUCUAAUGCCUUCUUCUCAACGGCUCCUCCUAGUCAACAUCAACACAACGGAAAACCAAGUAGUUCAAAUACCAAACCACAAGUCAGAGAUAACCAAAAUCCCCUCAAGACCCAAAUGAAAAUGGCACCAUGGAACAAUGGGUCCAGACCUGGCAACCUACCAACAGGGCCAACUAAAUAUGUGCCUUUCAACCUCUCGGCAAAUCCAAGCCCAAAGGCCAUUUUGGAUAAUAGGGUCAUGGAAAGCCCACCCUCAAUUGUUGAUGGUUCCUCUCUCCAUUCAUCUCCAUCCACUGAAUUGCUCAUUCCUUCCCCUUUUUCUUCUACUGACCCUAAGCCCAUCUUACCCUUGAUCCCUACUUCCAUCGAGGGACCAUCUGAACCUCUAAUUCUUGAUCCUGGAUUGCAACCACUAGAUACUCCUAAAGGGCAAUUUAAAAGUUUGUCUAGCAUGGAGAAUCCUGCUCACCCUCCACAACAAGAUGAGCAUCCACAACUUACUCCUUCUUCUCCUUAUGAAGAACAGAGGAACUCUAAGGGAAAUGGUUCUUCUCUCCGUAUUGGAUCUAAUCCUCAACGCCGUAGGCACUAUCAUCGGCGUCAUGUUAUGGAUCUAAAAUCUACCCAUUCUCCUAGUAUUAUGCUUAUUAUGGAGACUAAGCUUGCUGGUGAUAGAGCUUCUAACAUAGCCUCUUCCCUAUUUCCAUGCUACUAUGUGAUUGAUGCGGAUGGGCUUACUGGUGGUAUAUGGCUUCUCUGGGAUGAUACUCGGGUGUCUAUUGAUAUUAUUGCUACCAAUCCCCAAGCUAUUCAUGCUAUCAUUAAGGUUAGUAACCAUCCUAUUUUUUCUGAGUUUAAUUGGCUCUUUUCUGGUGUUUAUGGCAGGCCUCAACAAGAGAUACGUACUUAUCUUUGCCAAGAGCUUUCUUCUCUUGUUUCCCACUUUACUGGGCCUUGGGUCAUUGCUGGUGAUUUUAAUGAUGUCCUUUCUCAAUCUGAAAAGUUUGGAGGUGGUCCUAUUAAUCAAAAACGCGUCCAAGCCUAUUCUUCCUGUAUGAAUUCUUGUAAUAUGAUGGACAUGGGCUUUGUUGGGGGGCGAUUUACUUGGACUAACAUGCAAUCUAAUGGAAAUAUCAUCCGUGAAUGUCUCGACAGAUUUUGGUGCAACCCAGAGUGGAAAAUCUGUUUUCCUGAAGCCACAGUUUACCAUCUUCCUAGGGUGCACUCGGAUCAUAAUCCUGUACUCUUGAAUUUGGACCUUGGUCAUCCUUUGAUUGGCAAACACCCUUUUCGAAUGGAGAAAUUUUGGGUGGACCAUCCUAAAUUUCAAUGUCUUGUUCGCGACACUUGGAAUUUUGCUGAUGCCACAACAGUUCAAUGUGUAUCUUCAACUAUGCAAAAGGCUAAGGUUUGGAGUCGUGUUACUUUUGGGAACCUUUUUAAAAGGAAGAAGGAAAUCCUUGCUAGAUUAGAUGGUAUUCAUAGGUUCCUUUCCUCUCAACAUAGUAAUUUCCUCACUAAUUUGGGAAAAGAACCUUACCAAUGAAUAUUCAGACAUUCUUAAGUUGGAGGAAAACCUCUGGUUUAUGAAAGCUAGAACCAACUAGCUUGUUGAUGGUGACAAAAACUCUCGAUUCUUUCAUGUCACUGCCCUCAAGCAUAGGUCCCAAAAUAAAAUUCAUGCACUUAA